AAAACAGCUGCUGCGCGCUUUUUAGAAUUUCUUUGUAAUAAAACUAUUUGUAUUACAUUUUAACAAUACAAAAUGAAAGCUAUAGUACAACGAGUAUCUGCUGCAAAAGUAACCGUUGGCGACGAAUUAAUAAGCUCCAUAGGACGUGGUCUAUGUGUGCUUGUAGGCAUAACGCACUCAGACACAGAAAAGGAUGUGGAAUAUCUUGUACGCAAGCUACUCGCUCUGCGUCUAUUUGAAGACACAACCGGUAAACGUUGGCAGAAAAGCGUUAAGGAUGAACAACUCGAAAUUUUGUGCGUUUCACAAUUUACGCUCUAUCAUCGCCUUAAAGGGAAUAAGCCUGAUUUUCACUUAGCCAUGCAAGGUGACACUGCUCAAAAUUUAUAUAACAAUUUUCUGAAGCGUUUGGAAAAUGAUUAUAUUGCGGCGAAAAUUAAAGAUGGCAAAUUUGGAGCCUACAUGCAAGUGCACAUACAAAAUGACGGUCCUGUUACUGUUGAGCUCGAAUCGCCCGUUGAGGUAGUGCAAGCUAAAAAACCAUCUCAAACAAAAUUAGAAAAUCCAAACAAAGAAACACCAGUUGAGUGCACUUCAACAGAGGUGGAUAAAUAAAGCGAAACAAAAAUUAAAUAAAAUUACGCGAAAAAUCAA